UUCUCUUUAGAGUUCAGUAAAUAAUAAAGAAAAUUAUACAUUUUUACUGUGAUAGUUGAUGAAGGAGUGAUUAUCCUUCGCGAAAUCUAAAAAGUAACAGGAGAGUUGAGAAGAUAACUGUAAAAGUUGUGUAUGUAAUCGUUUACAUUAUGUCAUUUUGUUUGAACAGACGCGUUUUGUUUUAGUUCAGGUUUUUUAAUGUUUGCUCUUUUUUCAUGAUUUAUAAUCGAAAUGGAUGGAGAUAAUAUAAGUUUGGUUUUAAGAAAGAAAAAUGAGCUGUGCCUUGAAAAAAGGAAAAUUCCUGAACCUGGAUCGCAUGAGGCUCUGAUAGCCAUGUCUUGCGUAGGAAUUUGUGGAUCCGACGUUCACUUUUGGAAGGAUGGCCGUCUUGGAGACUUCAUAGUAGAGAAACCCAUGGUUUUAGGUCAUGAGUCAAGUGGCACUGUUAUAAAGGUUGGAGAAAACGUAAAACACUUGAAACCAGGUGAUAGAGUAUGUAUUGAGCCUGGCAUAGGAUGUGGGAGAUGCGAUUUGUGUAGAAAAGGAAAGUAUAAUAUUUGUCCCGAAGAGAGAUUUUGUGCUACUCCGCCGACUGAUGGUACACUGUGUCGCUACUUUUGUCAUGACGCUGACUUUUGCUACAAAUUGCCUGAUCACGUGACAUUAGAAGAAGGUGCUUUGACGGAGCCACUGUGUGUAGCAGUUUAUUCUUGCCGCAGAGCAGGUGUUACUGCUGGUCAAUAUGUACUCAUAUGUGGAGCUGGUCCAAUUGGAUUGACUACUAUUUUAGCAUGCAAAGCUAUGGGCGUGUCUAAAAUUUGUAUUACAGAUAUCAACGAGAAUCGCCUAAAGGUCGCUAAGAGUCUGGGAGCCUCUUCUACGAUUUGUGUGAAAGAUUUAGAGAUUAGUGAUGUCGUAAAAGAAGUAGAAAGACAAUUAGGAUCCCUGCCUGAUCGCACAAUUGAGUGUAGUGGUGCACAAUCUGGCGUUAGUCUUGGCCUCAAAGCUACUGCACCAGGAGGUUUGCUUAUGUUAGUUGGAAUAGGAUUAUGUGAUAUAAAAAUACCUAUUAUAGAAGCCACAGUUCGAGAAGUUGAUGUGCGUGGAAGUUUACGCUAUGCAAACUGUUAUCCAGCAGCCUUAGAGCUAAUUGCAAGUGGAGCGGUGGACAUGAAGCCUUUGAUUACCCAUAAAUUCUCAUUAGAGGAAAGUGAAAAAGCCUUUGAGAUUGCUCAUUCUGGAACUGCUAUUAAGGUCAUGAUCUAUUGUGAAAAAGAUUGUCAAUAUUAGCAUUUUGUUUGAUUUAUUAUUCGCUUCCCUCAAUAAAAUAUGCUGAGUAGUUAA